AUGACCUCCUUCCAUCUUGACCUCUUUUCCUUCUUCUAAGAACUUGCACAGUUGCAUGCAGCUUAAGUACCUUCAAGUUUGAGCAACUCAGAACUACUCUGUUUCUUCUUAUUCUACCAUUUUUGGUUCCCGUCUUAGUUUUGAGCUUAAUAUUUGUUUGGGGGAAGAAGCUGGAAAAAGCUGAGGGUACAUGAUAAGCAAAGCUAAAGCAGUUGGUGGUGACUCAGUUCUGCUUUUUUUUUUUUCCUCUGCUUUUGAUUAGUUGGUUGAAGUUGGUUUAGUAGAAACAGGAAAGGUGUAGAGGAACAUAGAAUCCCCCUUAAAUUUCUUGAGGCUGAUAUGGGUUGCCUCUGAUCUAGGGAAACUGAGGCUUUCAGGGACUUUCCAUUCUGGUUUUUCUGCAUUUCUUUGUGUUUGGGUCGUUUCAUGUAUUGGUUUCUCUGCUUCUCUCUUUCCUAUGAAUCACUGGGUUGGUGAAAAGCUAGAGAGAUCACGUAAAGAAGGUUUUGGUUCUUAUCCUAUUCUGUUUCUGUGGGUGAUAGAGAAGAGUCCAGAGUUAUAGAGGUUGAGAGUGAUCUCUGGAGCUUUCUAUUUAUAUCAUUUAGUUUCAGUAUAUUCUUUUAUUUACCUCUAAAGCAUCAGAUUCAACUUCCCAUCUCCAUUCGAUCUGUACUUGUAGGCAUCUUAGUGUUUUUUCUAUGUGUCUCAGAUAAUUGGACAUUGGUUUCUUUCUCAAGAAGAACUUGUUCUGUUUCUUUGUCUUUGAUUCUUUUCGAGACGUGUCUAUAUAUCAUAGAGGGAGUAGUUGAUUGAAGACUACUAGUUUCAAGAGGGUUAGGAAGGUUUAGAAAUCCAUGGAAGACAUAGCUCAAGCUGUUGCAGUUCCAUAUAGGUUGGGUAAUCUGAUUCAUGAGGAAUCAGCAGUGAAAACCCAAAUGGAAAUCACUGGUCUCAAGCUGAUAUCAAAUACAUCAAUCUUGUUAUCCAAUUCUUCUUCAAAGCCAAGUUUACCAUGUGAGUCCAUCUCUUACAGAAGCAAAAAUCCACAGGAUGAAAACAGAGAUCAGAUUUCUGGUGAACCCAUUAAUUGGGGAAGUAAGGAGUGCAACUUUAUGCCUUUGUGCAAUCGGGUUCUAGGUAGUUCAUGCUUCAAAUCUUUGGUUCAUGAUGAGGGUGAGAUUUGCAGUGGAUCUAACACUUCUGAUGCAUCCACCACGUCGGUGAAUCGGGCAAAGAAAAUAUGCAGAACAAGCUCUAAUGGGAAGGUUUUCGAUUUGGAUCGUGCACCCUUUUGGGGAUACACUUCCAUCAUUGGAGGAAGACCAGAGAUGGAAGAUGAUGUUGCAGUUGUUCCCAGACUUUUGCAGAUUCCUAGUCAAAUGUUGGUGGAUGAAUCUGAUGACAUGGGCCACAACCCAAGUCAAUUUUCUGCCCAUUUCUUUGGAGUUUAUGAUGGACAUGGGGGUUGUCAGGUUGCUAAUCAUUGUCGCGAACGUGUGCAUUCGGCUUUGGUUGAAGAGAUUGAAAUUGCCAGAGCAGGCCUGAAUGAAAGCACUGGUGAGUCUUGGCAGGAGCAUUGGAAGGAGGCAUUCACCAAUUGCUUCAGGAAAGUUGAUGCUGAGGUUGGAGGAGCUCCCAAAGGCACACAUUCAGGCAACACUAGUGCUUCUGAGGCUUCUCUUGAUCCUAUUGCUCCUGAAACUGUCGGCUCUACUGCUGUAGUUGCUGUUGUUUGUCCAACACAUAUUAUAGUAGCAAACUGUGGUGAUUCGAGAGCAGUGUUGUACCGCGGAAAAGUUGUGAUGCCAUUGUCAGUAGAUCACAAACCGGAUAGAGAGGAUGAAUAUGAAAGGAUUGAGGCUGCUGGAGGCAAGGUUAUACAGUGGGAUGGUUCUCGUGUGUUUGGUGUUCUUGCCAUGUCACGCUCCAUAGGUGACAGAUACUUGAAACCAUCAAUCAUACCGGAUCCAGAAGUCAUGUUUGUAUCUCGAGAGAAGGAAGACGAGUGCCUAAUCCUAGCCAGCGACGGGUUGUGGGAUGUAAUAACAAAUGAGGAGGCCUGUGACAUUGCGCGGAGGCGGAUCCUUGUAUGGCAUAAGAAAUAUGGUGAUACAGUGGAAAGGGGUGAGGGAGCUGAUCCUGCAGCUGAAGCUGCAGCAGUGUACCUCUCAAGGCUUGCAAUCCAGAAGGGAAGCAAAGACAACAUAACUGUUGUAGUGGUAGACCUGAAAGCUUCUAGGAAGUUUAAGAAAAAGACUUAAACUCAAAAUAAAGAGCUGAAUUUACAGAGAUGUCCAGUAUAUGAUUACACUAUAAGAAGAUUAUAAACACUAACUUGACUCACUCAGCCCAUUAGUUUUUUAACCCUGGGUUUAGUUUGGUCAUAAAUAAGUAUAGCCUUCUUAAGAUUUUGGUUUACCUUUGGCUUUUGUUCAUAAACUA